GACUGUGGGACAGUGCCUGGAAGCCAUAGCACAGAGGGUCCCCGACCGGGAGGCCUUGGUCGUCCCGCAGGAGAACAUCAGGCUGACCUUUGCCCAGCUCAAGGAGGAGGUGGACAAAGCUGCUUCUGGGCUCCUGAGUAUCGGCCUCCGCAAGGGCGACCGGCUGGGCAUGUGGGGACCCAACUCCUAUGCGUGGGUGCUCAUGCAGCUGGCCACCGCUCAGGCAGGCAUCAUUCUGGUGUCUGUGAACCCAGCCUACCAGGCUAUGGAGUUGGAGUAUGCCCUCAAGAAGGUAGGCUGCAAAGCCGUCACAUUCCCCAAGCAGUUCAAGACCCAGCAAUACUACAACAUCCUGAAGCAGAUCUGCCCAGAGUUGGAGAAGGCCCAGCCGGGGGCCUUGAAGAGUCAGAGGCUCCCAGACCUGACCACAGUCAUCUCGGUGGACGACCCUCUGCCGGGGACCCUGCUCCUUGAUGAGGUGGUGGCAGCUGGAAGCACAGAGCAGCAUCUGGCCCGGCUGCGGUACACCCAGCAGUUCCUGUCCUGCCACGACCCCAUCAACAUCCAGUUCACCUCGGGGACGACAGGCAGCCCCAAGGGGGCCACACUCUCCCACUACAACAUUGUCAACAACUCCAACAUGAUAGGGGAUCGGCUGAGGCUGCACCUAAAGACGUCAGAGGACUUACGGAUCAUCCUGCCCAGCCCCCUGUACCACUGCCUGGGUUCUGUGGGGGGCACGAUGGUGAGCCUAAUGUAUGGUGCUACCCUCAUCCUACCCUGUCCGACCUUUGAUGGCAAGAAGGCGCUGGAGGCCAUCAGCAAAGAGAGAGGCACCAUCCUGUACGGCACCCCCACAAUGUUCGUGGACAUUCUGAACCAGCCAGACUUCUCCAGUUACGACAUCUCGUCCAUGUGUGGAGGUGUGAUUGCUGGGUCCCCCGCACCCCCAGAGCUGAUCCGAGCCAUCAUCGACAAGCUAAACAUGAAGGAGCUGGUGGGGCCGGGGCUGAAGAAGGGUGGGCCGCAUCCACCCAGAAUUCUGCCCUCCUCUCUGUGGCUCAGGGAGGGGUGCGAAGGUCCCUGGUAACCAGACUGUUCUGAUGACGGUCUUCUACACCUUGCCUUGGUCCUCGCCCAAACCUCCUGGCCGAAGCCCCUGUACCAGAGUGAUUUUCCAGUCCCACGGAGAGAUUCCACCGCCACCCAAGGCAACCCCACCUGGGUAUCACGGGGGAGGACGGGCUGAGCAAGGAUGCAGCCAGGAGACGGGUCUGGUGACUGCGGUGGGCAAAGGGCAGUCAGCGGUCUGGGGGACAGUGCGGCCCAGCCAGUCUUCCCUGUAUGGAGACACCCGGAGUCCUGUGCCAAAGGCUGACAGUGUCAUGGGGCUCUUGCCUUUGUCCCUUGGCAGAGCGCAUGGGGCCAUCCCUGCGACCUGGGGAAACCCCUAGUUCCCGGGGCCCCCUCCGUUGAAAUGAACCUGAGAACGCA